AUGGUAUCUCAUUGGCCUCCGAAGAAUACUUCGCCGAAUUCCUCCGUUGAAAUGGGAUUUCAGAGCUAUCCACAAAAGGACAGACAUCUGUUGAGAAGGUAUUGUAUUAGAUAAUGUCCCAACCCAUAUUUUGUGAGCUCCAAUUCUAUUACUUCAGGUUAUUCCUCCAACUUUGUAUCGGAAUGGCGGUUGUUAUCGCGUUGGUGACGAUAAUAUUCGUCAUGGCGGGACUUCCCACAUUUUCUGACGGAUCUCCCAUCCAGAGGACGAUGGUAAGGUCUCAUUACCUGCUUUAGACUUUGAGGGAAACACUUGACUCAAAAAGAAAAUUCUGAGUCAAGUGUUUCCCUCAAACCUAAAACUUACCGCAGAAGCUCCCAACCUGUUGUUAAUACUUGAUAUGUCUAAAAUUCGUAUUUUAGUGGAAGAACAACGCAAAACAUCGCUAUGAAUGGCCACUUCCAGCUAAUUCUCUUUUGGGAAAAUUCGAAAAAGCGGCGGUCACCUGUGACCACGGAUUCUGCAACGAGAUUGGUCGGGAUAUCCUGAUCAAAGGUGGAAAUGCAAUCGACUCAUCGAUAGCCUCCUUAUUCUGCCUCGGUGUCACGAAUCCACAGAGCUCCGGGAUUGGUGGUGGCUUUAUUAUGACCGUUUAUAACCGGUAAGCUGUUGCCUAGUUAAAGCUCUUUGAUUUAGAGCCCCAUAUUCUUUUUUGCAUCAUUAAUUAUUGUUAUUUCUUUUCAGGACAUUGGGUAAAUGCCUGGCGUUGGACGCUCGAGAAACGGCUCCAGCCAAGGCCGUUGAGGACAUGUUUAAGGGAAAUUCGAACGGCUCCAAAUACGGAUGGAAUGCCAUCGCCACUCCCGGAGAACUUCAUGGAUAUCGGUUCGCCUGGGAGAACUGGGGAAGUGGAUUGGUCAGCUGGAAAGAGCUGAUCCAGCCGUCCAUUGACCUGGCCAGAAACGGAGUCCCCGUCUCUGAAUACUUGGCCUAUGUUUUGGAGAAGAAAGAGUGGCAUUUCAAUUUAACCACUCCCAAUAUGGAGUAGGUUACUUAGUGAUUCUUUCAGUAUAUUUUACAGCGAUUGGAUCAAUCCUGAGACCAAGAGAGUUUGGAAAUUUGGAGACAUCAUCAAGAGAAAUAAACUGGCCGAUACUUUGGAAAGAAUCGCCAAUUCGGAGGAUCCGAUCAAAGAUUUCUACGAGGGAGAGCUUGCUGAAAUUAUGGUCGACGAGAUUCAGAAAGCAGGUAAAGAAAAACAAAAAUUUAAUAAGCAAAAUUUUAUAAAAACAAUCUGUCUAAUACAAUGUCCGAAUACCAAAUCUUAUCGAACGCGUUUUCAGGUGGAAUAAUGUCCAAAGAAGACCUCAAGAACUACCGACCCAAGCUCUACGAGACCCCGCUGAUCCGCUCUCGGUUCUACGAGAACUUGACCAUGUGUGGACCUCCUCCUCCCUCUUCGUUCGCCAUAACUCAGAAUAUUAUCUCUGUUAUGACUUCCAAAUUCUACAACUAUACUGGAAAUGGAGCUCCGGCGGAUGGCGUCUAUUCGGACACCUACUUUUAUCAUGCUUUAAUCGAAGCUCAGAAGUUUGCAUAUGCAAAACGAACAUUAAUGGGAGAUGUGGACUUUGAGGAAGGGAGCAAGCUGCUGGCCGAGAAUAUGACCACUGCCGAGUAUAACCGGUAUAUCGCCGAGAUUAUCCCAGAUUUUGCUCAGGACACCAGCUUCUAUGGGCUGAAUGACACGGCAACUGUAAGUCGAAUAUCAGAAGACGUGUAAAGUUAAGCUGACAAAAAAUACGGAUUGUUAUCCAUUUUUACGCGAUAAUUAUGUAAUAAUCCGCCUGAAGUCUAUCUAAAGUCUAAUAAUAGAAAAAAUUUCAAUUUUCCUUCAGAAAGAAGACCACGGAACCUCCCAUGUUAGUGUUCUUGAUCAAUUUGGAAACGGCGUGUCAGCCACAUCAACUGUAAACAGGUGGAUGGGAGCUGGAGUCCAAUCACCGGCCCUUGGAAUCGUUUGGAAUGAUGAGAUGGACGAUUUUAGCACUCCCGGGCAAGACAAUGGAUUUGGGUAAGCACCUUCUACAACAUAGUAAAAGUCGGGUAAAACGUACUCAAUGCCGAAUAAAAUUCUGUAAUAUUGGCAAGAGAUAACCCAAUGAUCUUCAAGGUUCGCCCCGUCCCCGGAGAACUUUAUCAAGCCCGGGAAACGACCAAUGUCUUCAAUGUCGCCUAUGGUAAUAUACGAUGAAGAGACCUUGGAUGUAAAGAUGGUCAUCGGAGCCUCUGGAGGAUCGAAAAUCAUCUCAGCAGUUGCCAAACCCGUUAUUCGAGUGCUCUGUUUCAAUGAGACCAUCAAACAAGCGAUCGAUGCCCCCAUUUUCCAUAAUCAAUACACUCCCGACGUCACUCAAUACGAAGAUAAUAUGCCUUUAGUAAGUUGCAAACAUACGUUGAUGCAUAUUAUGGUUUAUAAGCGACCGAAAUGUCUGUUUUAGGAACUUAUUCAUGAUCUCGAAAACAAAUUUGGCCAAAAAUUCAAGCCCACUGGGGGAUUCGAAGGUAUCGUUCAAGGAAUUGUUGUUGGAAAUGACGGAAAAAUAUAUGCGAAUGGAGACUACCGCAGGAAAACGCAACAACACCCGGAGGGCUUUUGA